GCUGAAUUAAUCAAGUUAAUAGAUGUAAAUGCACAAUAUGAUCAUAAAAAUUCAUUUAUUGAAUACUUUCUAUUGACAAAAUUUCGGCUAAACGACCCUACUGAAAAAACUACCGAUACCUCCACAAUAAAUAACGAACCUGAAUUAACUGAGAAUACAUUUGCAACAGGCAAAUUUUCAAAUGAAUUUGUACUAGACACUUCUAAAGAAUAUGAUCAAGGCAGACACGGAAAACUAUACAAAGUUAAAUCAAAAAAUGAUAACACAGAAUAUGUUAUUAAAAGGGUUAAACUUAAGGUCGAAACAACUAUUACCACCAUUGGGCUAUUAUAUAGCAUCGAAAUUAUUGCAUGAAAUAGUGAUUGCAAUCAAUUAUCUACACUGCUUCCAUUUACCCAUAAUUCAUCGUAAUAUUAAACCUCAAAAUAUAUUGAUCCGGCCGAAUGCAAGCGAUAAAUAUGUAAAAAUUACUGAUUUGGAACUCGCAGUUUACCAUGAUCCUCAGUCCCUAUCACAUACACAGAGUCGGGGUACCAAGAGAUAUAUGGCACCUGAGGUUAAUGGUGGCCGACGGUAUAGUCCCAGUGCCGAUGUUUAUAGUUUGGGAGUAGUUAUUCAGGAAAUAUUUAAUUUCGAUAUUAACACAAUUGGAAAAUUCAAAAACAAUUCUACACUAUUUGAUAACAUUGAAGAGGUCAGCAGUGAUUGCCUGAAAGGUAUGGCCAGUCAACGACCAACUUGUCAACACAUAUUGGAUAAUAGCAAUGAAUGGACUAUGAAAUAA